AUCUGUUGGGAAUUACAUUAAUAAUGCAUUUUACAGUAGAUAGAAUAACUAUUUUUUAACAUAAUAAUUUGUAAUACAACUAUAUUUUGCCUUUGCAGAAUGUCUGGACAAGUAGUCAGCAAUGUGAGCGUCUCUGUAGUUGGUGGAGGUUCUUCUGCCGGAGGAAGUGGAUUUGGAAGUGGAUAUGGUGUUGGAGGAGGAAGUGGAUAUGGUGUUGGAGGAGGAAGCGGAUAUGGUGUUGGAGGAGGUGUUGGAGGAGGAAGCGGAUAUGGUGUUGGAGGAGGAAGCGGAUAUGGUGGAGGAGGAAGCGGAUGUGGUGGAGGAGCUGGAGGAGCUGGUGGAGCCGGUGGAGGAGGCUUUGGUAGCAGAAGCCUUUUUAACGUGGGAGGUAGAAAGACCAUCUCCAUCAGUACCGCAGGUGGUCAAGGUGGAUUUGGGGGUGGUGGAAUAGGCUUUGGUGUAGGAGCUGGUGGUGGUGGUGGCUUUGGUGGUGGAUCAGGAGGAUUUGCAUAUGGAGGUCAAGGGUUUGGUUCUGGGGGAGGCCAAGCUGGUAUUACAGAGGUUACAAUUAACCAAAGUCUUCUGGCACCACUGAAUUUGGAGAUUGACCCUAACAUACAAAAAGUCCGAGUCCAAGAAAGGGAACAGAUUAAAACCUUGAACAAUAAAUUUGCCUCCUUCAUUGAUAAGGUUCGGUUCCUUGAGCAACAAAACAAAGUCCUUGAAACAAAAUGGAGCCUCUUGCAAGAGCAAGGAGGGCAAGUCAAGGGUGGAAGCCGUGGCAAAAGCAAUAUAGAAGCUAUGUUUGAAGCAUACAUGAACAGCCUAAAAAGGCAGCUGGAUGCUCUCCAAAAUGAUAAAUACAGACUAGAUGGAGAACUCAGGAACAUGCAAGACUUAGUGGAUGACUUCAAGAACAGAUAUGAAGAUGAAAUUAACAAGAGGACAUCAGCAGAGAAUGACUUUGUUAUACUUAAGAAGGAUGUAGAUGCUGCCUACAUGAACAAGGUGGAGCUGGAAGCCAAGGUUGAUGCUUUAACUGAUGAGAUCAACUUCCUCAGGAGCCUCUAUGAACAAGAAAUGGCUCAGCUGCAGUCUCAGAUCUCUGACACUUCAGUCAUCCUCUCAAUGGACAACAACAGAGCAUUGGAUCUGGACAGUAUCAUUGCUGAGGUGAAGGCUCAGUAUGAGGACAUUGCCAAGAAGAGCAGAGCAGAGGCAGAAUCUACCUACCAAAGCAAGGUCAAGGAGUUGCAAGCAUCUGCUGGUGCACAAGGUGAUGUCCUGAAAACUACCAAAAAUGAGAUCUCUGAGCUGAACCGCAAACUCCAGAGGCUUCGCGCUGAGAUCGAAAAUGUGAAAAAACAGAAUGCCAAACUUCAAACAGCCAUUGCUGAGGCAGAGGACCGUGGAGAGCUUGUCCUGAAAGAUGCUCAUGCAAAACUGGCUGAGCUGGAAGCAGCUCUUCAGAAUGCAAAACAGGACAUGGCUCGCCAACUGAGAGAAUACCAGGAACUGAUGAAUGUCAAACUGGCUUUGGAUGUGGAAAUUGCCACAUACAGGAAACUUCUGGAAGGAGAAGAAAUCAGGUUGACCACAGACACCAAUGUGAGCAUCUCUGUGGUCAGUGGAAAGACCUCCCUGGGAAGUGGUGGUGGUGGUGGUGGAGCUGGAGGAAGCUAUGGUGGAUCCGGAGGAAGCUAUGGUGGAUCUGGAGGAAGCUAUGGUGGAGCUGGAGGAAGCUAUGGUGGUGGUUUUGGAGGCAGUGGUGGUUCGGCUGGAGGCUACGGAUUCAGCUCUGGCAGCUCUGCAGGAUAUGGAUUCUCAGCUGGCGGGGGAGGUGGCAGCAGCGUACGAUUUGCGUCCAGUCAGUCAAGCUACAGAAGUUAAAUCUCCCAUGCUCCACUUUGGCACGGUGCAAAUUCCUAUCUUCUGCUUACCACUAUAUUGAAUUACUGCAUUAC